AAAACUGGUUCUUCCAUGACACAAUCUUCAGCCAACUUCCAACUUCUACUGAAUAAUAUUUAAACGGGUAUCUCUAUAAAAAUGUCAGUGGGUUUAGAUCGGUGCAGCAUUACACUAACUUCACAACGUGCAUGAUAGGCAUGCACAGAAGUUUAAUUUUAGCAACAUUACUUGGUUUGGUUUCAUGUAAACCUCCAGACAGCGGCGACAUUCUUUUCUCCAAGGAUGUCAAACAACGAUCAUCAAGGGAAUCCAGGGGAUCAAUUGAAUCAGAAGUAGGAGGGUCUGGAUACAACCCUGGAGAUAAACCACCUAUUCUCGAUGAAUCUAUUACAAAUCCAGGAGGAUCUGGAUAUAAUCCGGGCAACAAACCGUCAAUUCCAGAUUUUACUUCUGAUGAAUCCAUUACAAAUCCAGGAGGAUCUGGAUAUAACCCGGGCAACAAACCAUCAAUUCCAGAUUUUACUCCUGAUGAAUCUAUUACAAAUCCAGGAGGAUCUGGAUAUAAUCCGGGCAACAAAUCAUCCAUUCCGGAUUUUACUCCUGAUGAAUCUAUUAUAAAUCCAGGAGGUUCUGGAUAUAAUCCUGGCAACAAACCAUCAAUUCCAGAUUUUACUCCUGAUGAAUCCAUUACAAAUCCAGGAGGAUCUGGAUAUAACCCGGGCAACAAACCAUCAAUUCCAGAUUUUAAUCCUGAUGAAUCUAUAACAAAUCCAGGAGGAUCUGGAUAUAACCCGGGCAACAAACCAUCAAUUCCUGAUUUUACUCCCGAUGAAUCCAUUACAAAUCCAGGAGGAUCUGGAAAUAAUCCGGACAUAACAAACCCAGGUUAUGAUAAUCAACGACCAGAUAUAAUUCCUGAUGAAUCGAUCACCUAUCCUGAAGACUCAGCAACAGGAGGCUCUGGAUUUAACUCUGGUUCCAACCCAAGUAUUCCAGAUUUUAUACCAAAUGAAUCCAUUACAAAUCCAGGGAGUUCUGGAUCAAGGUUUAAUCCAGGAACUAAUCCUGCAGGAUCAGGGUCUAAUCCAGGAGGAUCCAUAUUAACUCCUGGAGCCACUACUGGAGGAUCCUUAUUCAAUCCUAGAGCCAAUACUGGAGGAUCCAUAUUUAAUCCUGGAGCAAAUACUGGAGGAUCCAUAUUCAAUCCUGGUGCAAACACUGGAGGAUCCAUGUUCAAUCCUGGUGCAAACACUGGAGGAUCCAUAUUCAAUCCUGGAGCAAAUACUGGAGGAUCCAUAUUCAAUCCUGAUGCAAAUACUGGAGGAGCCAUUUUCAAUCCUGGAGCAAACACUGGAGGAUCCAUAUUCAAUCCUGAUGCAAAUACUGGAGGAUCCAUUUUCAAUCCUGGAGGAUCCAUAUUCACUCCUGGAGCAAAUACUGGAGGAUCGAUAUCUCAUCCUGGAGGAAACACAGGAGGAUCCAUAUUCACUCCUGGAGCAAUUACUGGAGGAUCCAUAUUUAAUCCUGGAGCAAACACUGGAGGAUCCAUAUUCAAUCCUGAAGGCAAUACUAGAGGAUCCAUGUUUAAUCCUGGAGCCAAUACUGGAGGAUCCAUUUUCAAUCCUGGAGCAAACACUGGAGGAUCCAUAUUCAAUCCUGGUGCAAAUACUGGAGGAUCCAUAUCUCAUCCUGGAGCAAAUACUGGAGAAUCCAUAUUCAAUCCUGGUGCAAAUACUGGAGGAUCCAUAUUUAAUCCUGGAGCCACCCAUAUUUAAUCCUGGAGCCAAUACUGGAGGAUCCAUAUUUAAUCCUGGAGCCAAUACUGGAGGAUCCAUAUUUAAUCCUGGUUCAAAUACUGGAGGAUCCAUAUUUA